UUAAAGAGUCACCGUAAUAAAUAAACAAACGCUCUCUCCCUCGUGUGCCAGACUGACAAAGACUUUCACACAAAGAUAGAGAGAUCAGAGCUCUUUCAAUGGCGGCAGGAGGAGGAGGAGGAGGAUCAUCGUCGGGAAGAACUCCGACGUGGAAGGAGAGAGAGAACAAUAAGAAGAGAGAGAGGAGGAGAAGAGCUAUCACGGCAAAGAUUUACUCUGGUCUCAGGGGUCAAGGUAACUACAAGCUUCCUAAGCACUGUGAUAACAACGAGGUUCUUAAAGCUCUUUGUUUAGAAGCUGGUUGGAUCGUUGAAGAAGAUGGAACCACUUAUCGCAAGGGGUCUAAGCCACCAGCUUCAGACAUGUUAGGAACUCCUACAACAUUCAGCACAAACUCUUCAAUCCAACCAAGUCCACAAUCAUCUGCUUUCCCAAGCCCUGCACCUUCUUACCAUGGAAGUCCUGUCUCAUCCUCCUUCCCAAGCCCAUCUCGUUACGACCAAAACCCUUCCUCCUACCUUCUCCUCCCUUUCCUACACAACAUCGCUUCUUCCAUCCCAGCAAACCUCCCCCCACUUAGAAUAUCCAACAGUGCACCCGUAACUCCACCUUUAUCCUCUCCCACUUCUCGUGGCUCAAAGAGGAAACUAAUGACACAACAGUUACCAAGACAUCCACUUUUCGCUAUCUCAGCUCCAUCUAGUCCUACACGCCGUGCUGGUCACCAAACACCUCCUACAAUACCGGAGUGUGACGAGUCCGAGGAGAGUUCGUUUGAGGAUUCAGGAAGGUGGAUUAAUUUUCAAUCUACAGCUCCUAGCUCACCAACGUUUAAUCUUGUGAAGCAAACAUCUAUGGUCAUUGACAUGAAGAGAUCAGACUGGGGGAUGUCGGGAAUUAAUGUGAGAGGUUCAGAGUUUGAGUUUGAGAAUGGAACUGUUAAGCCAUGGGAAGGUGAAAUGAUUCAUGAAGUUGGUGUAGAAGAUCUUGAGCUUACUCUUGGUGGCACUAAAACAAGAUGAAUAUCAGUUUGAAUAUUGGUGGUGAGAUAAGUCUCUUAUUUAUCAUAAUUAACCUACAUGCAAAUCUUUGGCAUUGUACAGGAGCUAGCAGAACCUUUUAGAUAACGUUACCAUUCUCCAUUUAUACUAUUAAUGUUUUCUUUUGUGAUGAUAAUGUUAUUGGAGAUGUAAUGUAUGUUUAAGAUGUUUUUUUUCUUUUUAUUAGUAUUGUUAUUUGUUUAGAGUUUUAUUGUGGACCUUGUGGUAUGUGUUAAGUUCGGUGCAAAGAAGUUUAUUGAUGAAUGAAACGAAACAUCCACGAACGGACAGGAGAGGAUAAAUGGACCCCUACCAUGUGCUUUCUUUCUCUCUUUUUCUUAUUGCUGGGACCUAAAGCAAGCAACUACUUCUCUUCACCAAUUUGCAUGCAAUUGUUUUCUUUCUUUUAUAAUAAGUUAUCGCGUGUUGUAAUUAAAUAUCAUAUGUCGUAACUCUCACGAUACAAGACAAUAUUUUCAUUGCCCAUUUGAUGAGGCAACUACUAUAACACGACCCACUUUGGGUCCACACGUGAGACUGAGUUGCUUCUUUGUUUAUUCUAUUGCUUUCCCU